GUUUUCAAACGACAAGACAUCCUGAAAGAUUAUGGGAAAUUAAUACUAUUUACGGCAAUAACGCUAUAAAGUUUAUUAUCAGGACAUGGAUACGUUGAAGGAAUAUUUAGGAUACAUCAAUCCUCAUUGGGUAGCGGUGGUAGUAACAGGAAUGUACACUCAUCUUCGACAAAUUUGCAUAAUUGGCUUAUGUUUCGACGAAGACAGUACUCCGUUCGAUCCGUCUUACGCGUCGGUGCUUUUCAUAUUUUCCGUAUUGUGCCUCUUAGCGGAAUAUAGACUUUGGCCUAGAACGCUUAAAGAACCACCUAUUCAACUUCUUUACAUUUACGAAAUGUUGGUUGCAGCAUUGACGACAAACUUAACCACACGUGCUAUCUGGGUUCCACUCAUGCACGUCAUCUAUUGUUUAACCCAAGAAUCCAGUAAAUGUUUGCUAUGGUUGAACACAGUGUUGGGAUUAAGUCGCUACUCGUUUUUAACUGAAUUUGCAUAUUAUAUGGCGAAAGAUUGUGCUGCAACGCAUAUGGCUUUCUGUAUGUCCGUAUUGUCGUUUGUUUGGAUGCUGGAUGCCACCGAAUCCUUGGACGCGAUUUUGGACACUUGGGCCAAGUAGUGAACCAGGAAAGAACUAAUGGACUAUUGGCUCUCUGUAAAUGUAAAAGGAAAAGGAUCAGUUUUGCAAAUCCAGAAGUGACAGAUUGGUUUGUAUAUAAAUUUAUGUGCAGCACAGAUUCCCUAAGUAAAUACAAGCAACCAGAGAUGUAACUUAUAGAAUUUCGUUGUUUCGUAUUUAUCUAUUGUAUAACUUUUUACAUUUAUCGAUGUACGUGUAUAUUUGUA